UGCGCGUCUCCCCCGCGCGCCGUCGGCCGUGGUACAGCCCAAGGCGGAAGCGGCUCUGGGACGGAACUGGCUCGCGAGCGUAGCUAUGGCUGCGGGCGUCCCCUGUGCGCUUGUCACCAGCUGCUCCUCCACCUUCUCCGGAGACCGGCUGGUCCAGCAUAUCCUUGGAGCAGAAGAUCUUAUUGUGGAAGUGACUGCCGAUGAUGCCGUGAGGUUUUAUCCCUGGACCAUUGAUAAUAAAUACUAUUCAGCAGAUAUCAAUCUAUGUGUGGUGCCAAACAAAUUUCUCGUUACUGCAGAGAUCGCGGAGUCUGUCCAAGCAUUCGUGGUUUACUUUGACAGCACACAAAAAUCCGGUCUUGAUAGUGUUUCCUCAUGGCUUCCACUGGCAGAAGCAUGGUUACCUGAGGUCAUGAUCCUGGUCUGUGACAGAGUGUGUGAAAAUGGUGUGAACCGGCAAAAAGCUCAAGAAUGGUGUAUCAAACAUGGCUUUGAAUUGGUAGAACUUAGUCCGGAAGAGUUGCCUGAGGAAGAUGAUGACUUUCCAGAAUCUACAGGAGUAAAGCGAAUCGUUCAAGCCUUGAAUGCAAACGUGUGGUCCAAUGUAGUGAUGAAGAAUGAUAGGAACCAAGGCUUUAGCCUUCUUAGCUCAUUGGCAGGAGCAAACCAUAGCAUUGGGUCGGCAGAGACGUGUCCCUCAGAGCAGCCCCGUUUGCCAGCAGCAGCUCGGACUGAAUCUCUCUUGGAUCAUGGGGGUGGCACGUCUAACACAGCAGACGCGCAGGCUGACGGCAUCAUGGAUCCCGUGUUAGAUCUGGAUAUUCAAGAAUUAGCCAGUCUUACUACUGGCGGAGGAGAUUUGGAGAAUUUUGAAAGACUAUUUUCAAAGUUGAAGGAAAUGAAAGACAAGGCCGCGACGCUUCCUCACGAGCAGAGAAAGUUGCAUGCAGAAAAGGUGGCCAAAGCCUUCUGGAUGGCAAUCGGGGGAGACAGAGAUGAGAUUGAAGGCCUUUCAUCUGAUGAAGAACACUGAAUUACUCACGCUAGGGUUUGACUGCCUCAGACACUUCCCUGCUCCACGCAGUUCUGUUUUGCUGAACUUCCCAAAAUCCCGUUGGCCACCUGACUUAGUUCUAGGGCCACCUUGCUUUUAGUUUUUAGUCGGGGAUAGUCGGGCUUUUCUCGCUCGCUACCAUGUAAGGGAGUGCAGAGGAGAACGACAGCAAGGAGUGUGAGUUUUUCAAGUCCACUUUUUCUAGGCACAGGAGCGAAAUGGGGCUCAGAGGCCUGUGUGAUUCGCCGCAGUUGAAGAAGGAGGCCACCGCGCCAUUCCCAGCCCGCCUUUUCCGGAGUGUCCACUGCAGUCCCACUCAUUACUGUAGAUAAGGAGCUCGCCAUCCUGAGCUUUGGGGCUUUGGAUGGGAGGAAAGGAAGCAGCUGCGGGUUUGGUUUGUGCUGCAGGGUAGGUGGGGCCAGACUCAGUGGCCCUCAGGUUAGUCUGGCCCUAAAAAUGCCUCUGGGCGUUUCAUCUGAAGAGCGUCUCAGCUCACACUAGAAGCUACUGAGAAACGAAGGUGAACUUUCAGAUGAUAGAGGAGGCCGAGGUGUCCUGCUCUGGUAGGGAUAAAACAAACCCAUCUACCAAGUUGCUGUUGGGGCAGUGGGGGGGGGGGUUGUGUUUAAGAGAGACAGAGAGAAACUUCAGAAAUUCCCUGUUCUGGGCUAUUGAGGCCAUACGGGCUCGUAUCUGGAGGCUUUUGCAUGAGUCUUACCAGGAGGAAACUCGUCCUCCUUAGAGCUCUUGAGGUAUCAGAGCUGUGCCGUCACACUUUAUACCCUCAAAACCAGGCAGUUUCCCCCUCUUUGUCUCUGGAGCCCAACAGAUCCCUGCAACACGGUCAGUGCAGGGUGGGCGAGCGGGGAAAGGAUGUACAAGGUUUGGUGCUGAAGCUCUGAGGGCCUGGUGACUUCCAGGGCUGGGAGUGGGGCGGUCGGCUUGAGGGGAGCUGAUCCCUACAGGGAGCGUUUCCAAAGGAGGGUGGGAAAUACGGCAAAGAAAAAUCCCUGUUUCUGUGUUUGUAGACACUUGGUAAUGUGUGCCACGGACCUUCACCCUGCGAGCCACUGCCGCAGGCUGGACCGGCACGUGUUGCCUGGCUGGCGGUGCUGGCUCACAGGCCGACCACUGCUCCUGGCCUAGCGUGGACUGUGAACUCCUUAGGUCACCAGCAGAAACAAGUUUCAGACCCCUCUGUGCACCGCCUUCCAAGCACUGCGGAGGGAAUGGCAGAAGGAGGGGAAUGCUCCAGGGUCUGGCCAGGGCAGCCACCGGGAGGGAAGGCCUCAGUGAUCGGAGCAUUCAGGAAGAGCCAUCAUCGCAGGCAACGUUGGCAGUUAUCUUGCUUGGUGACUUUUUUCCCCCUUCCUUUUUUUUCCCUCUUUUAACUAUUCUGACGGUCUUUGAGACUAUAGUUGAUCACCAUUCCAUCAUUGUUUCUUUGAAGCGACUGCAAUAGCUUUUGAUUAAGAAUGCAAGGGAAGUUAGCUCUGGGGUUGCAAAAGGAAAGGCAGAAUGUUCUUAAAACAUGAAGGGUUCCAGAAAGUAUAUCAGGUCACAUGGUUAGGGAAGACAGACUGGAAAAAGCUGUGAAUGUAAUGCUGUGGAUUAAACAAAGCCAGGUGAUUAAAAUAUGAUUUAUAAAGUCUGCU